CACGUGACCUCUUCGUCAUCAAGCGACGCGUUAAGUCAAAGCACCUUUCAAAUUACUCUGAUGCCCGUUUUUCUCUUGUUUAUAUUUAUUAAGGAAAAUAAUGUCGGAUAGAUUAACAACAUGGAUUGUAGCGGUGAUGUUGAUUAUAUUCAACACUUUACAGAUUUUGGAUGCCGUCAACUGUAUUCAAUGUAACAUAAAAGUGAAAGGAGCCAAUAAUAACUGUGAUAAUCCCCGAAAUGUCACAGAUUGCGAAGCCUGUCUUAAGACGUAUACCAAGAUAGUAAAUCAUGAAAGCUGGUUAAACGAAAGAAGUUCUGAGUAUUAUUCAAAGUUAUGUAUUAGGAAGACAGCAACAUCGAAAAUUCGUGAUGCGGGAUGUUACAAACAGACGAAUAACGGUGGUUAUACGGAGCAGUGUUAUUGUUACACGAAUGGGUGUAAUAGUGCCGACAACCAAGUAUUACAUAAAGGGGUACUUGCUAUUGUGUUAACUGGUGUACCAUUGUUGAAAUAUUUCCUUGGAUAAAUGUGGGAAACAUAAGGUUUUUAUUGGGUGAUGUCGAAAACAAUUGCGUGUAGUAUACUUGCCAAACACCCCUUAGUCUGCCCACAAUCAAAGUUGGCCGAACAUUUUGAAUUUAAUAUUUUGCAGCAGUGAAUUUUGGAAAUCACCGUUGAUAUAUAAUGUUCCUUCAUAGUGAAUAUGUACCUCGCGAUCUGGGUUUACUUUCCUGGCAGAUAACUCUUAAUAAUGAGCAGAGUCGAUGUUGAUUCCAUUUCAUUUCAUUUCAUUUUAUAUACCGUGUUACAUUAACAUCUGACAUUUUAUUUGGAGUAUGUAACCAAUCAUUGGUAUUCAGUGCUCCGGAUUGUGGUGAACUGUGAGAAAUCUUCUAUGAGAAUGUUUAUAUGUUGUCGCGGUUAUAACAAUUUGGAAUAUACAUGUUACUCUUCCAAGUUAAUUGGAUCACAGUUUAGUGUAGAAAUCUUUAAAGUUUAUUGCUGGUCAUUCUGGCUUCACCUCUAUUUCACAAUAAUUGAUUAACACCCCAUAACAUAAUAUUUAUGUUAUUACAAUGUUAUCAAUUUAUUAGAAUAAGAUAUUCAACUAAUUAAGACAAGUCAGGUAUUGUAUAGGCCCUAUCAUAUCUGACUAUUCCCCAAAAUUAGUCUGUACAAAAAAAUGAAAAUGCAAUGAUAAUAUAUGAAAUAUCUAUAAAUAAUUCAUAAGGUUUCCAAUCCUCAUUUAUACACGAACUCUUCAUGAUAAUGUUUCUUUCAUUUUCAAUAUCACCCGUACAUAACUUUUGAAAGAAAUAUAAAUUAUAAAGCAACACGGUGUUGUUUUAUCAAGUAAUUUCUAAGCUACAUUGUCCACGGUAUCCCCAGUGUUCUCAUUCCGUUCUACUCCACUAUAACCUGGGUUAAUCCAGCCGAUCACCUCUGGCUCGCGGCUGCGGUUUCGAUUCUUGGUGUGAGCGUAUGUGGCUAAGAGAUAGCGGUGCCAUCUCAACCUCGUGGGUUUAAUACGGGUACUCCAGUUUCCUCCCACAGGAAAGACCCCUGCGCGUGCGCUAAGAUAAUAAAAAUAAGACUUGUCUGCGAUAUCACCUUCGGUGGAAGCGGACGUUAAACACUAAGAACAACAACAUUCACAAUAACCUGUUUAGGUUAUCAGGUGGACGUAAAACUCCGCGAACGAACGAUUCUCAAUAGAACUCUUGAACCUACACAUUAAUAUAAUAUUAUAUAAUUUGUUGUUAAUAAGUACGUGUUUAGAAAAAUUUGGACUUUUCUCAUUUAGGCGAACUCCUAGCCUUGUCCACUGAGAGUUACUUCCCUUUGCCAACUUCUUUUUCAAUUUACGAUUUAUGGGAUUGGUCGAUAAAAAUAGCACAACCAUCAAGGGCGGAUAACUUGAAAACGUGCCCCCCCCCCGAUUAACCCAGGGGUUAGUGGAGUAGAACGGAAUGAAACCACUGGGGAUACCGAGGAUGCAUUGUCUACAGAUACACUUGUAUUUUAAAUUUAAAAGUAGAUUUCAAAGAUUUUAAUAUAAUUUUUCAUAUAUGCAUACAUUAUAUUAUCCAUCCAUUUUUCUACUAACAUAUAUUUUUAUAUAAUAAAUAAAAACAGAUUUAUUUUAAUAAAAAUUCAUCAAUUAUA